GACCCAGCAGAGCCAGGAUCCCCCGACGCAGAGUCGGAUCUCAACACAGCGACGAAAAUAGCUUUUAUAGGCGAACACGUCUUAAUCAGCCAUGGUCUUAUACCACAUGUUUUAAUUAUUUUGACGCGUCUCUUUUAGAUCUUUUUUGGAUGCGACUUUUUCUCUUUUCUAAGUAGCCUUUAUUUUUUUUUUUUACUUUGUUAUUUCUAAUUAUCGUUGUUUGCGGCGAUACAGCGAGAGAGGAUCCUGAGCAACAGCUGUGGAAUAUAUAAACUCCGCUUUAUGGAUACAGAAUCGCUCCCAUCUGCACUCAGAGUUUGAUCUUAGACGUGUCUCUCUGCGCAAAGAAGAAAAUGAAAUCAGCUGAAGAGGAUGCAUAUGGCUACACGCCAAACGUCAGUCUCUCCCUCCCACUGGGCAACCCUUGUCUUCCCUCUCAGUACCACAGCCUCCACUCCAGCCCCACUAUAUCUGUCUCUGUCACCGAGGCUCUCAUUUAUGAAACCCAGGAUGACAUGAGAGUGGCCGGCUACUAUUCAACCUCAAGUGUCCGCCCAAACGGAGCCCCGACCCUGGAGAGCCCUCGUAUCGAGAUCACAGCCUACGGCCAGUUUCCUGAGGAUGAGGUGGAAGAGAACAACCUUCCUGUUGCCAAGCGAGUCAACUCCAUAGUGACGCUGACCCUCCCCAGUGCAGAUAGUUACCGCGACCCCAGCUGCCUCAGCCCGGCCAGCAGCAUCUCAUCUCGCAGCUGCCACUCCGACGCCUCCUCCUAUGAAUCGAGCUUCUCCUACAACUACGACAACUCGCCCCAGAACUCCCCCUGGCAGUCGCCCUCUGUGUCCCCCAAGAGCUCCACCCUCGCCCUGCCAGGUGAUGGCUGCACCUCUGGCGGCUCCCCUCGCCACACCCCCUCCACCUCUCCUCGCACAAGCGUGACAGAUGACACCUGGAUGGGUCAGCGUAGCUCCAGUCCCAACUCCCCUUGUGGCGCAAAGAGGAAGUACAGCUUUAACGGCAGCGGGGCAUCACACAAGCACUACCCAUACUCGCCCAACCACUCCCCUGGACUGUCCCCGCAGACCUCCCCUCGCCUCAGUAUCACAGAGGAGAGCUGGCUGCCAAACACCAACCAGUACACCAACUCAGCCAUACUGGCGGCCAUCAAUGCCCUGACCACAGAUGGAGUGGCUGACCUCGGGGAGGGAAUCCCUAUUAAAGCCCGGAAAACCGGCCUGGAGCACAGCCCCACAGUCAGCCUGAAGGUGGAGCCCGGAGGUGAGGAGCUGAGUCCAGGGGAGCUCUGUCAGGAUGACUCCAACCGCCUGCCAUUAAAGAAGGAGGGCUACUGUGGUGGGUUUCUGGAUGUGCCACAGCACCCAUACUCCUGGUCCAAGCCAAAGCAAUAUGUCAGCCCAUCCCUGCCAGCUCUCGAUUGGCAGCUGCCGUCCAGCUCGGGACCAUACAGGCUGCAGAUCGACGUGCAGCCCAAGUCCCACCACCGAGCCCACUAUGAGACGGAGGGCAGUCGGGGAGCAGUGAAGGCCCUGGCAGGAGGACACCCAGUCGUUCAGCUCCACGGCUACAUGGAGAGCGAGCCUCUGACCCUGCAGCUGUUCAUUGGCACAGCCGACGACAGGCUGCUGAGGCCCCACGCUUUCUACCAGGUCCACCGAAUCACCGGGAAGACGGUGUCCACCCCAAGCCACGAGGCCCUGCACAACAACACCAAGACCCUGGAGAUCCCACUGCUGCCAGAGAACAACAUGCGGGCCAUAAUCGACUGCGCGGGGAUCUUGAAGCUGCGUAAUUCGGACAUUGAGCUGAGAAAGGGGGAGACUGACAUCGGACGCAAGAACACACGUGUGCGGAUGGUUUUCAGAGUUCACAUCAACCAGGCCACGGGGAGAACGGUGUCAUUGCAGGCUUCAUCCAACCCCAUUGAGUGCUCCCAGAGAUCGGCCCAGGAGCUGCCGCUGGUGGAUAAGCGGAGCUUGGAGACAUGUCCUGCCCCAGGGGGGGAGAAGAUGCUCAUCGACGGACACAACUUCCAGCACGACUCCAAGGUGGUGUUCGUGGAAAAGGCUCAAGAUGGUCACCACCUCUGGGAGACUGAGGCCAAGGUUGACAGAGACACCUCGAAGCCUAAUUCACUACUUGUUGAAAUCCCUCCCUAUCGGAACCAAAGACUUUCCACGCCGGUCCAUGUGAACUUCUACGUCUGCAAUGGCAAGAGGAAAAGAAGCCAGUACCAGCGCUUCACCUACGUCCCUGCCAGUGUCCCGACAAUAAAGACUGAGCCACACGACGACUACGACGCCCCUCUGGUGUGCAGCCAGCAUGGCCCCGGCCUGUCCUUGCACCCAAAGCCAUACUUCCCCCCUCAGGUCAUGACCCCGAUGAUGCCCUCCGACCUCAGGCCGUGCGUGGUGGGCGGGGCUUACUCUGUCAGCCAGCAGAGAUUGGCAGCCGAGCCCUCCUCGCUGCCUACCUCGUCCUCUCCGAGCACCAGCCCCAAACUGCACGACCUGUCGCCGCCACCGCCGCCGCCGCCCUUCUCCAAGUGCCUGUCUGCCGGCCCAGCAGUCCAACACCCGGGCCAACAGUCCCCAGUCCCACACGUCUCCAUCAUCCAGGAGACUCCGGGGCGCUACCAGCCGCCCAGCCUGUACCCGCCCAGCAGCUCCUCCUCCUCCCCGACCUCGCAACCCUCCACCCCCUCCGACGGCCCUUUCUCCCCGGCCCUCUGCAUGACACCGGCCCAGCCGGGCAGCGGCAGCACCAGCCCAGGAGCUCAGCAGCACCCAAAGGUGCCAGAGAGGGGGCGGGGCUCUCUUCAGGACAACGGCAGCCCUCCGUCGCUGGCUGUCAGCAUCAAACAAGAACCACAGGAGCUGGACCAGAUGUACCUUGAUGAUGUCAACGAGAUCAUCAGGAACGACCUGUCGAGCAUCUCUGUCCACAGCCAUGCGUAGUUUCCCGUUACCAACUAAACUGACACAGGAAACAAAAAAUGAAGGGAAACACCAAACAGAAUUUGACAUUGUGCUUUUCAUGCUUGGACUACAGCGUGCAGGAAGCAGCAAAAGGAAAUGCAAUGAGAACAAAUGUAAAUGUAUUGUCCAGAUGACCAGGGUCCAACGUGUGCCUUGUUUUUCAUAUAUUAUGCCUUUACACAGAAAUGAUCAGAGGAAUAAAUCACAGGACUGACUUUUUUUGAAGACGUGUAAAUUGAGUAUGUAGCAACCAAACCUGCCGCCCCACAACAAAGUAUGCUUCAGAGGACCAAAAGAUGCUUUCUAUGUCUUUUUUUGCUGCAGUUUGUAAAUGAUUCGGUGCCUAUGAGUUAUGUCAUUUGUAUAUACAGUAUUUGUAGUGCUUCAGUUUGCAUAUCUGGCUUUACAGAGAGAGAAUUUAAAAGAGAAGUGCCUUUUUGACUGGAAACAGAACCGCGGGUUUGGCUUCACAUGUUCAACUUCAAAAGAUUAAAGAUGUUAUAAAACGAGAUAAUGUAACUUUAUGGGAUAAUCACGGUAGCACAAAUAGAGACUUGUCAUUAGCCACCCAUUAGCCAGACCCAGUGAGGCUUUAGUAACAAAACCCCUGAGUGUGGUGAAUUGAUGAAAGGUGUGUUUUAUUUCUCAUGACUUUUUAUUUGUAAAAGAAGGAAUGUGUUUCUACUUUCAAAAGUUGCAUAUUUUCACUUUAAAUCAUAUUUGGUUAGCAUUUGUUUGGAAAAAUUAAGUCAAAAUUAUCAAAUACAUUUUCUGUAUUCACAACCAACAUUAAGCACUUAACCACUAAACCUGUGGUAUUACUUGUAGUUUAUGUCGUCAAGGCAACAUGUUACUGUCACUUAAAGUCAUAACAACAAUAGCAAAACUUUUCAGGUGGGAAGUUACCCAAACCUCAUAUGGCGUUAACGUAUAAUGAGAAUAAGGAUUCUAUUUGGGUCAUUUGUGCAUUCUGACUUGAAAAGAAGAUGAACUGUGGAGUAAACUGUUUGCUGCAGUUGACUUUUAGCAAAAAAGAAAUCAUCUCAGUUUUGACAAAGCUUGAAGCUAUGCAACAUGCCGGUCGUCUUUCAAAGAAUGUAACUGAGAAGUUCUUUAAUCCAAAGAAUACUUAACAACCGUGAACAGCAAUACACAUAUAUAAAUCCUUAUGUUUGUUUUUGUAUUUUCAUAUUUAUUCUCCUAGCAUGUUCUCUGUUUAUUCAUGUUCAUCAUACAACCUCUUCAUCACACAGUACGUACUGUGUUUUCUCUACUUGUAUGUUUGCGCUCUUAUAGUCAAACUGAAUGGGCUUACACACUUUGUUCCCAGUUUUUAUUAUAUGUAUUUAUGAAUCUUAAUCCUUGUAACUGAAGCCAUACUGGAAUGUUUACCGAGGAGGUUAUUGUUAGUCUACAACUCAUAAUUCUGCUUUGUGACCUAUUUUGUGUAUUUGUCAAUAAAGAAGCCUUCAUCUCUUUCA